AAACUUAAACGGAUAAAUUUAAAAUAAAAACGUACAAAUAAAACAAAAUUAAUUUGCAUAGUAAAUAAUGAAGUGAAUACAAGAAAAAAUAAUAAUAAUUACUAAAAGAAAAAAAAAUUCAUUUACUAAUUCAAACAGCUUGAAAAGCUAAAAUAAUUAAAUUCAUAAUGAAGUUCUGUUUAAAAGUGAGUCUUUUAUGUUUGUUAUUUGUAACAGUGAUUGCGUCUGAAGAAACUAACUCAACAAUAACAAAGAAAACAAAUAGCAAGGUUGCGGAAAAGCUGUCUUAUCCAAAAAAAGUUAGUUCUAUUAAAAAAAAUCCCUCUAGAACUUCUUUGAAAAAAAUAGCAGAUAUAACUGAAAAGUUCAAAGAUUUGCCAGCCGAUGAUUUAGCAUUUAUUAAGGAAUUGGAUAAGCAAUUUAAACUGCACGGUGGAAAAGUUAAAAUUAAAGUAGAAAAUAAAAAUGUCACCGAAUCAAAAAAUAGCAAAAGAACUAUAGAUGGAGAGUUGGGCUAUGGUUAUGCCCACAAUGGUUAUCAGUACAAUCCUCCCAAGUUCAUGUUUUAUCCAUAUUCCCAACAAAAUAUAGGCAAUAAUGCGCCCAAUUACUUCCUAACUGGAGAUGGAAAAACUGAAGUGUCAAUAGAACCAUCAUAUUCAUAUGAAUUGAAGACGCAAUCCUAUAUUGCACAGAGUGGACCACAGAUAGAUGUACCUAAACCAGAACUCCAGCAACAAAUGGAUCACUACCAGACGCAACAGCACCAAGGCCAACAACAGCAUCAGUAUGAAGAACCAGUUAUUGUCUUGCGUAUACCCGGACCAGCUAAAUAUGCAUCACAUUUGCAAAUGCUUUUGCAAAAAUAUUUAGAAAUAAGAGCCGCACAAUACUUACGCAUCUUAGAAGAAGCUGAACAAAGAAACAAUCAGCAACAUCAGCUUCAACAAUUGGAUUACGGACAUGGAAAUACUGCAAUUAGUGAUGGUCAGGCUGAACACGUUGAACACCAUCAAUCCCAUGUUCCAAUAUCAGAUCAACAUGAUUAUCAACAGCAAGUACAAUAUGAUCAUCAAAUUGCUGUUACUCCCCAACCAUUGCAGUAUCCAGAAAUAGAUAGUGUCUACCAGAGCUAUAAGCACAGACAUUCUUCACAGCCCGAACAACCGCUACAAGAACAGCAGUCUUAUUAUGCCCCACAACAAGGUGGAGAAGAACAGCAGGCACCUCAGUAUCAACAUCAAUUACAAUAUCAGUCACAGGAACAAUAUCAACAGCAAGAACACCAACCUCAAUAUCAGCAACAAGGUCAAGAACAACCCCAGUUUUAUUACACUCACCAACAACAAUAUGCUCAACCUGAAGGCCCACCAGCCAACACAUAUCAGAAUGUAUUUUUAUUGUCCAUGAUGCCCCAGGGACACUCCGAAUAUGAAGCAUCUCAAGCUCAACCCGAGAAGCAACAACCUAUUUAUGUUCAAGAGCAGACAAAUCAAAAUGAACACUCAUCAACAUUGCCCGUAGCUGAAAAUAAUCCACGUCCAUCACACACUAAGGUUGUUUUUACAAACAAAAAUGAUAACUCCGCUCAAGAUUAUCAAAUGUACCAAUUACCUUCCAUAAAACCUAAUGAUAGACACACAGCUGCAUCUGUGCCAGAUUAUCACCAAGAUUUCCAGCAACAAAUUCAGUAUCAAAAUUUACAAGAAAAUCAGAACCCCCAGGAAAGUUCAACCAACUACCAGCAACAUUAUAACAAUGCGGAGUUGGUUAACCCCGAAGUAGCGACCGCCACACAAAGACCAUAUAAUUAUCAUGCCCAUAACGUUAAAGCUCGAGCAAGAGGACGGACAGCACAUACUAGAAGAGCAGCUUCGGC